AUGCUGAUUACUUUUGGCGUUUUGCUGGUGUUUUGGAUGGCUGCGUUACUACUUAUACCCCGUGCAUGUUCGUGGGUAACUGAUAGUGGAACUGGGAGUAAAAAGGAUAUUGAUCGAAAUACUAGAAUGCUGGCGUUUGGAACUGCUGGAAGUAGAGAUUAGACGAUGACCUGAGGACUGAGUUGAAACCUAGUAGAGCAGGUUGCCCAGGAUCUAACCGAACUCUGGAAGCCAUGCUCUGUUGCGUUAUCUUCGUUUUUUAAUGGGAAUUUCAAACUUUUCAUAACAGAAACAGGAGGGUUAGAUAGCGACGCCGUCAGUGCUGAGGCGAAGGCCGUUGGGAUAUCAACGGGCGAGUGAUGUUUUCAGGCACGUCCUGGCUUAUCAUGCCAAAUAGUCUCUUUCUUUUCCAUUCUUGAGUAUGCUAAGGCAGUUAAAGAGUGGCGCACUUUCGAAGAUUGAAAAAGCGGA